AAAAAUUAGAACAAACUUUUUAAACUUGAAUAAAGUGCUUUUGUCUUUUCUUUUUUUUUUUUACUCGAAUGAUAAACUUUUAUAGUGUUUUUGUUUGUUCAUUAAAAAAAGAUAUUUUGUAAUGGUUAUGAUAGUAUAAGGAAAAAGAUUUUUGAAGAUAGAUGAGUUUGGUUAGGUUUAGGGAAAUGGAAAGGUGGAAUUUUGGAUGCCUACGUUUAUGUGUAGCUGACAUGGAAUUGUGACCCAUAAUCCAAUGUUGGUUGUUACAAAUUUUACAAGCUGGAUUUUUUAAUAAUAACAAAACUCCUCCUUAUCUUUCUCUCCAAUAUAUAUAUAUAGAGAGAUAGAUUGAUAUAUAGAUAUAUUUCUCCCAACACAACAAAUCACUUUCUCUUCACAUUUUUUGCUAAUAAAAUUGGCAAUACAAAGAGAUCAAUAUUAAUCAGCCACAACAUGAUUCUCAGAAGAUUCUUCUCCUCCUCUUUUCGCCUUGUUUCUUCAUCAUCAUCUUCUUCUUCUUCAAAGCUUGGAGGAGGUUGUCAUCGCGAUGGGUUUAGGGCAGUAUCUUCGAUGCCGGAGCCUUGCCAAUCAUCACCUCUCAGUGAUGAUGAGAGCUGUGAUUUUGACUGGGAUAGUCUUGGAUUUGGGCUAAUGCCGACAGAUUAUAUGUAUAUCAUGAAAUGCUCUAAAGAUGGGAAAUUUGAACGAGGUCAAAUGAGCCGUUAUGGGAACAUUGAGUUAAGCCCUUCUGCUGGGGUUCUAAAUUAUGGACAGGGAUUGUUUGAAGGCCUAAAAGCUUAUAGGAAAAGAGACGGAGGCUUUCGUCUAUUUCGUCCAGACCAAAAUGCUCUUCGUAUGAUGACCGGUGCUGAACGGAUGUGUAUGCCCUCACCCUCCAUCGAACAGUUUGUCGAUGCUGUGAAGCAAAUUACCAUUGCGAAUAGGCGUUGGGUCCCUCCGCUGGGGAAAGGAUCACUUUACAUAAGGCCUUUGCUCAUUGGAACUGGUCCUGUUCUUGGCUUGGCUCCUGCGCCCGAGUAUACUUUUCUAAUUUAUGCUUCCCCUGUUCGCAACUAUUUUAAGGAAGGUUCAGCACCCUUGAACCUAUACGUUGAGAAUGAAUUCGUUCGUGCAUCUCGUGGUGGAACUGGAGGUGUGAAAACCAUUUCAAAUUAUGCUCCGGUCUUAAAAGCUAUCACCCGAGCAAAAAGCCGAGGGUUUUCUGACGUGUUAUACCUUGAUUCAGUGAAUAAGAGAGAUUUGGAAGAAGUUUCUUCUUGCAAUAUUUUCCUUGUAAAGGGCAAUGUUAUUUCAACUCCUGCUACAAAUGGAACAAUUCUUCCAGGAGUAACCCGGAAAAGCAUCAUUGAAAUUGCCCGUGAUCGAGGUUACGAGGUCGAGGAACGGGCCAUUAACAUGGAAGAACUGUUCGACGCUCAUGAAGUUUUCUGCACUGGAACUGCUGUUGGUGUGGCCCCAGUUGGCAGCAUCACAUGUAUGGAUAGAAGGAUCGAAUACCAAACAGGUGCUGACACAACAUGCCAAGAAUUAUAUUCAACUCUUGUUGGGAUUCAAACUGGAACCAUUGAGGAUAAGAUGGGGUGGACUGUUGAGAUCUCUUGAGUUUUUCAUCUGUCCCACCGACAUGAACAGUAAAUUGCAAGUCCGUUCUCUGUGUCGGGUUUAUCAGUAAAAUGUCUCAAAGUUUGUUAUUUGUUUUACUUUUCAUAAGUUCCGUAGCUAUAAUUAAGCAGCAAGCCUUUAAGUCCAAUACAAGUAAUGAGGAUCAAGAGCUGGAGAUUCGUAUGAAAGUAAAUAAAAUAUUUUGAUAUAUAAAUUGUGAUAAAAUGUUUGAAA